AUGAACCCAUAUGUACUUAUAAUUUUACUAUCCAGCCUAGGACUAGGAACUACUCUAACCUUCGCCAGCUCUCACUGACUUCUAGCUUGAAUAGGCCUAGAAAUUAACACACUAGCAAUUACCCCCCUAAUAGCACAACACCACCACCCCCGCGCAGUAGAAGCAACAACAAAAUACUUCUUAACCCAAGCCACUGCAGCAGCAAUAAUUCUAUUUGCCAGCACAACAAAUGCCUGAAUAACAGGAGAAUGGAACAUCACCGACCUAUCAGACCCCCUCGCUAAUACAAUAUUUAUAACCGCCCUAGCACUUAAGAUUGGACUUGCACCAAUACACUUCUGAAUGCCCGAAGUUAUACAAGGAUUAGAUCUAUUAACAGGACUUAUUCUCUCCACAUGACAAAAACUUGCCCCCUUCGCACUUAUCAUUCAAACAGCACAAAACAUCGACCCGCUACUAUUAACAUUACUAGGGGUAACAUCUACAUUAGUAGGCGGAUGAGGAGGCCUGAACCAGACCCAGCUACGAAAGAUCCUAGCCUACUCCUCAAUUGCACACAUAGGAUGAAUAAUUAUUGUAAUCCAAUACGCCCCCCAACUCACCCUAAUUGCACUAGGGACAUACAUUAUCAUGACCUCCGCAGCAUUCCUAACCCUGAAAAUGUUACUAACAACUAAACUCAACACGCUAGCAACAACCUGAUCAAAAAGCCCCAUCCUAACGGCAACAACUGCCCUAGUAUUAUUAUCACUAGGCGGCCUCCCGCCGCUCACAGGGUUUAUACCAAAAUGAUUAAUUUUACAAGAACUGACAAAACAAGAUCUCCCCAUUAUCGCCACAAUCAUAGCCCUAGCAGCCCUAAUUAGCCUAUACUUCUAUCUACGACUAUGCUACGCAAUAACAUUGACCAUCUCCCCCAAUACAACCAACUCGACCACCCCCUGACGGACCCAAACAACCCAAACCUCCAUACCUCUAACCCUAUUUACCAUAGCCACCCUUGGACUACUGCCAAUGACCCCAACCAUUCUAAUACUAGCCACUU